AUGCCCGUAUUGCAAAGCCCGCCUGCUUCAACAAUUGGUGACCAGUCUUCGGCACUUGAUGCAGAUUACCGCUUAAGGGACCAAAUCGGGUAUGCUUACACCGAUGACGGGAACUACUUGUCCAAAAUACAAGAGGAGCAGAUGGUUGAAGCCGAUAAAGAAAUUCAGACUAUGAGAUUUCAACGCAUCAUUCCUCUCCCUGAGGCUACAAGGCAAGAACUCUGUGGUAUUUUCGCGAGGUUACCCCAUCGACUGGUUGUGCGAGAACUCAUCGACAUUUAUUUUGCCGAAGCCAAUUGGUACUUUGCCGUGCUGGAACAAUAUUAUUUUGAGAAACUGUACAAUUCUUGGUGUAUUCACAACGAUUGCUUGACAGAACAUGGCCAGCUUCCUGAUCUACCACCGGAUCUUCUGCAUUUCUCGGCACUGUUAUUCCAUGUCCUUGCUGUCUCUUUACAGUUCCUCUCGCCGGACACGAAUUGUAGCCGUGCUCUAAGAGUGGAUAGUUUCACCGCGCGUGAUCGUCUUUCCAGCAAUUACUCUACAAGCGGAGUCGAGAUCGCACGCAUAGCAGGAGCGUUGGAUCCUACGAUAACCACUGUACAAAACGAUCUCAUGAGGGCAUUGUGGUUGAAGAAUUGCAGCCGAGGAAGAGAAGCAUGGCAUGCCCUAGGUAGCGCAAUCAGAACAGCCCAAGAGCUUGGCUUCCAUCAGCAGAGCAAAGUUUAUCAGACACCACGAUCUACACUGGAGGAAACACUUACCGAGCUGUGGUAUGAUGAGUACAAACGCAGGCUAUGGAUUAAGUUGUUUUCCUGGGACAGGUGA